CCCUCCUCAGGCUCCAGUCCGACCUUUCUUGGAACCCGCGUUAUGCGCCUGAGGGGGACUCUACCCAGCCGUCUUUACCCGGAGUGCCCCCCGGGGAAGCUGUCCCUAAAAAAAAUGCCCAUUCCCUCUGUAACCGCGCGUUUCCCGACGGCUGCGGGAGCCGUGCCCGCACCGCCGUGCCGCCAGGGGGCAGCACACCCCGCGGCGCGGUGGCUGCCGGGAGCUGUAGUCACGUGGGCCCGCCGGCUCCCCAUGGUAACGGCGGCGGCGGGUCCGGCGGGCCCGGGCGGGCGGCCAGCAAAGAUGCUGUUGUAGAUGACUGAUGUGCUUGUGCCUCACAUGCUAUGGCUCUACAUGGCGUCUGCAGGACCAGACCAUGCUAAUCUGGGCCCCAAACAGCAGAAGAGCAUUGGGCUGGAGUCAGGCACCCUUUCAGCAGAAAGACCUGAGCCGUGCUGGGCCUGGUGCCUCGCUCAGCAGCAGGCAAAACCCGUGUGGAAUUUAGAGGAAAGAUGUGAAAGUGCUUUCCAGGAUCGCAUCCUGCUCCCCUCAGGGAUCCCUCUACAGCAGUCCUGCCUCUUGCGCUCACCGUCACUAUGCCAUGCACAGCCCACUGAAGACAGCCUCCAAAGCCCUCCACACACUGGCUCUGUCACGAGAAGGGUGAUGUCUUCCAUGCUGAUGAAGCCCUGCCUGCUGGCAGAGGAGCGCUCUGGAGCUGGGGUCAAAGGCUCUGCCCUCAGCUCAGGUCAGCAGGCUGCCAGCUCCUCUAGACCAGUGCUCGGUAACAACUCCUUCCUAUGGUCAAGCGGUGCUAAAGUGCCUUGUCUGCAGUCACUGAAGAUGAAAAAGGUGGAAAACACCCGGAGUUUUCCUGCUGUUUCAUGGUCCCACUGCAGAGACAAUAGAGACAGCUUCCCUAGCAGCCUGAUCAACAGAGCAGUGACGAACAGCAGCGUUGUGUCAGAGCAAAACACAAUCCCCUCCCUUACCCCUGUGCCAAGCAGUGCGAUCCUCAGGAAGGAGCAGUGCUCGUUGGACGACGCUAAGGGGAGACUUCACAGCUCAAAAGAGAAGGAGCUGGAGAAGAGCCUCUUGAAGGCUGUGCAGCAGCUACCUAGUCAGGCUGUCACACACAGAGGCUUUGGGUGCCAAGUUGAAAGUUCUGGCCUUAUGAAUGUGAGCAGCCUGUCCAACCGGAACAGCAGGAGGAGGCAGCAUGCCGGAGUGCAGAUCAUCCGGAAAGAAACCAUGGCUCCCCUGAACCUGGAGCUGGGGAGCCAUCGCCUUAGCAGUAACUCGAGCCUUACGGGCACUGAGCGGAUCGGUGACCGUCCCUUAGCCUCGCGUGCCGGCGCUCCCGGCUGCAGCACCGGCUGCUGUCCCGAGGGCAUGCUCAGCCCUCUGUGUGCGGGGAGCCGCCUGGCCAGAACAGAGCCUCUGCACUUCACUGCCAUCUCUGAAGUGGCAGCACGAGUGUCCACCAUCCAGCUGGAGAAAGAGGAGAAACAGGCCCAGACUGUGGUCCCAGGAAGGCUUAAUGCUACUGCUAAGAAGUCACUGCUGGAGCUGAGCCAUCCCCAGGACGAAGCAGAGGAAGAACUUCCUGAUGGUCUGGAUGAGAGCUGCAGUCAGGAGGAGUAUGAGGACAGUGACUCAGAUGCUUCCUCUGAUGCUGAUGUGUCUCCUGGAUCCAGGAGUUGCAUCGAGUGCCUGGCCCAACCUGCUGAAGCUCAAGACAAAGUGCUCAAACCAGCUCUUGUGUGCAGUUUAUUCCCUAAUGUGCCUCCAACAAUCUACUUCAGUACUCGGGAUGAGACAGUGGAAAAGCUGCCUUGGGAGCAGAGGAAGCUGCUGCGAUGGAAAAUGUGCAGAGUCACACCUAACAUAGUGAAGCAAACCAUUGGCCGGUCCCACUUCAGAGUGAGCAAAAAAAACAAUGACUGGCUGGGUUGCUGGGGCCACCACAUGAAAUCCCCUGGCUUCAAAGCCAUCAGGGAGCACCAAAAGCUAAACCACUUCCCCGGUUCAUUUCAAAUUGGAAGGAAGGACCGCCUGUGGCGCAACCUGUUGAAGAUGCAGGCUCGCUGUGGGAAAAAGGAGUUUAAUUUCUUCCCUCAAUCCUUCAUCCUGCCCCAGGACAUCAAAUUACUCAGGAAAGCAUGGGAGGAAGGAGCUAGCCGACAGAAAUGGAUUGUGAAACCACCAGCAUCAGCAAGAGGCAUUGGUAUCCAGGUCAUCCACAAAUGGAGCCAGCUCCCCAAGAGGAGACCACUGCUAGUACAGAGAUACCUGCACAAACCCUACCUCAUUGGCGGGAAGAAGUUUGACCUGAGGAUCUAUGUUUACGUCACUUGCUAUGAUCCCCUCAGGGUCUACCUGUUCAAGGAUGGAUUGGUUCGCUUUGCUAGCUGCAAGUACUCCUACUCAAUGGAUAGCCUCAGCAACAAGUUCAUGCACUUGACCAACUACAGUGUGAACAAGAAGAACACGGAGUACAAAUCCAACUCGGAUGAGACUGCUUGUCAGGGACACAAAUGGGCACUCAAAGCUCUCUGGAGUUACCUGACCCAGAAGGGAGUUAAUAGUGAGGCCAUCUGGGAGAAGAUUAAGGACAUCGUUAUCAAAACCAUCAUUGCUUCUGAGCCCUACGUGAACAGCCUGGUGAAGAUGUACGUGCGCCGGCCUUAUUGUUGCCAUGAGCUGUUUGGAUUUGAUAUCAUGCUGGAUGAAAACCUCAAGCCCUGGAUCUUAGAAGUCAACAUUUCCCCAAGCCUCCACUCCAACUCCCCACUGGAUGUGAGCAUCAAGGGCCAGAUGAUUCGGGACCUCCUCAACCUCGCUGGCUUUGUUCUGCCCAGUAUGGACAGUAUGGCCUCAAGGACACAGACAAGAAGUGAUUCUACCUGCAGUCUGGGCAGUGCUUUGAAGGAGAAGCCCAAGCCAGUAUCUGAGCAUUUGAAAGCAGAGAAGAUGAAGAAGGCCUAUUACUUGAUGCAGAAGAUACCUGACCAGGAUUUUUAUUCUUCUGUCUUGGACAUCCUGACUCCAGAUGACGUUCGCAUCCUGGUGGAGACAGAGGAUGAGUAUUCCCGGCGUGGGCAGUUUGAGCGGGUGUUCCCCAGCCACAUCUCCAUGCGGUACCUGCGCUUCUUCGAGCAGCCUCGUUACUUUAACAUCUUGGUGACCCAGUGGGAGCUCAAAUACUACUUGAAUAGGCACAAAGGUCUGGAGCUACUGAAGAACUGGUGUGUCAAAGGUUACCACACUGGGGCAGGGACGGAUUUGGCCCAGAUGUGGUCAUUGCCAAAGUCGUUGUUCCUCCAGAAGAGUAGCAUUCAGUCAAACGGCUUCAGCAAACUGGAACUGGACAGACUGGGCACAUGCCUCCCUUCAGCUGGUGAGGAUCUCACAAGAUGCCUGGAGCCCAGCCCUACUCAGAGCUUACCUCUCAACAAGUGCACUGGUGGAGCCAACCAGAGACCUGCUGGCUGCCUCUCUGACACUGCCCUGGUGAUGUGACCAAGCAGCCACUGUCCCUCCCUGGGGACAUAUCAACCUACCUCAAAGGAAGAGACAGGAGCUGGCUCUGUAGAUCAAGGACUGUGGGAGCCCCUUGCACUGCACACUUGUUUUGGGGCUGGUUGUAGAGAGGGAUGUUUUCCUGGGCAAAGAGGAGACUUAUGUGACUUGAGGUUUUAAAACAAGUGGCAAAGCCUGAGGAAGUGGAGGUUAUCUGGCCUUUGUCCUAGACUGUUCUUAAAGCCUGACAUGGUGGUUUCUUUGCUGUGUUGGAGCUGGCUGAGCCUGCCCUUCUUAUCCCCGGUCAUCACAGGCUAAGCCCUUGCUCACCUGUGUCUGCGUCCUGAGUUGCUGGCAGCUGAGUCUGCUCUUGCCCUGCUGCAGCCUGGGCCCUGCAGAUAAGUCCCCAGUCUGGGAGGGAAAACUGCCCAGUUUUAUCCUUUCUGAAUGUCUGUGCCAGCAUCCUGCCCACCCCCAGAAGCAGGCCCUGCAGGAUUGCUUGCACAUCACAGCUCAAGAGAGACCACGGGUACCAGUGUGGCUCCAGUUUGUUUGUGGGGGCAGUAGGGCCUGCUGGGGAGGGAGCAUCCUUCUCAGGGCCAUUGGUUCUCUGGUGUGCCCUGCAGGCUAGUGCUCUUCUCCUGGGUCUGCUCUCUAUUUUCCCUUUGUUUCUCAAGGAUUUCUAUUAAAUUUUAACACUCAACCGC